GUUUUCAAUGUCAAGAAAAUGAAUUUAAAUGUGUUGAUAGUGAUAAUGAAUGUCUUCCACUAGCAUUGAAAUGUAAUGGAUGGCAAGACUGUGAUGAUGGAUUCGAUGAACAGAAUUGUGAGAUACCGUGCACCGAUGAUGAAUAUAAAUGUACAGGUUCAGGUGGUUGUAUACCUGGUAACUGGCAGUGUGAUGGCAUGCCAGACUGUUCUGAUGGUUCUGAUGAACUAGAAUGUGGUGGCGAUGGUGGAUGGGCUGAGUGGAGUAACUGGGGUGAAUGUAAUGUGAACUGUGGUACUGGCGAGCAAACACGUUCUCGGUACUGUGAAGGUGAAGAAAGCCAGUGUGUUGGAGAGGUUAUCGAGUACAGACUCUGUCAUAAGACCCCCUGUUACAUGGAAGGAAGCGAUGACAUGACGUCUCUGUAUCACCUAGGUGACGGUUGUGGCACGAGGAGUGUGGUUACUCAAGCUCGUAUUGUGGGUGGCGAAAAUGCAUCUCCUGGGGCAUGGCCGUGGCAGGCACAACUGUAUUACAUACCAUGGGAUUUCGUUGCUUGUGGAGGUACACUGAUUGGAGCAAGACACGUCAUCUCAGCAGCACAUUGCUUUCAAGGUGACAUGUCGAAUAGUGCUCACUGGAAAGUAAGACUCGGACGACAUACACUGAGUGGUGACACAUCAUUUGACUCAGAGGCUAUAGAGGUUGAUGUAGCAGAAGUAAUUGUUCAUCCACAAUAUAGUAACCAGGUGGAACUUAACAAUGAUAUAGCCAUAUUAGUACUAGCAGAGGAUGUCAUUCCGAGUAAUAAGAUCAACUAUGCAUGUAUGGAUAUCGAACACGAGACUCACUUUGAUCAACAUUCUUACUGUUUCAUAUCUGGCUGGGGAUACACUCUAACUUUCAGUGGGAAACAAUCUGAAAUACUACAAGAAGCAAUGGUUCCACUGAUAUCUCAAGAAUUAUGCAACGCGCCAAGUUCCUAUGAUGGGUUAUUAACUGAAAACAUGAUGUGCGCUGGAUAUCUUGGAGGUGGUGUAGAUGCAUGUCAGGGUGACUCUGGCGGACCUUUGGUUUGUAUUGAUAAAGGAGACGAUGGCCUCGGAUACUGGUAUUUAACUGGAAUCACCAGUUUUGGUAAUGGUUGUGCUAAUGCAGGUUUUCCUGGUGUAUAUACAAAAAUAAGUCAAUAUAUAGAGUGGUUAGGUGACCAUGGUGCACUAUAA